AUAUUUAAAAUUAUAAGUUCUGAAAGUCUUCAUUACUUUAUUAACUUUGUGUCAAGCCAACAAAUUGAAAUGGAAAGCGCACUUUUCUUUUCAAAUUGCAGUUAGUUUGACACAAGGACUUCUAGUUAUAGUUAUUCAAAGCUAACUAAAAUGGUCAUUGGAGCCAAAGUAGCCAGGGUCUCUACGAACCCCAUUGUUUAUCAUUUCUUCAAUUGCACACCGGACGUAUACACGAAACUCCUCGAAGCCUACGCUCAAAGUGGCGCCCUCCAAUCAGGGAAAACUUUACAUGCACAUUUGGUUAUCAAUGGAUUGGCUCAAAAAGCCCAUUUUGCCACCAAGCUUGUUGCUUUUUAUACAGAAUGUAGACAAUUACUCCAUGCACGUAAACUGUUCGACAAAAUUCCCCAAUCAAAUAUUCGCCGUUGGAUUGUUCUCAUUGGAGCCUAUGCUCGACAUGGGUUUUAUGAGGAAGCAAUGAGUGUUUUCUCUGAGAUGCAAAGGGAAGGAAUGAAGCCUAAUAAGUUUGUUCUUCCCAGUGUUCUCAAAGCCUGCGGGCGCUUCAAUGAUUUUCGAAUAGGAGAGAUAUUACAUAGUGUGAUUUUGAAGAAUGAGUUUGAAUAUGACUCGUAUGUGGUGAGUGCAUUGAUAGAUAUGUAUUCAAAGUGUGGUAAAGUUGAGAAGGCGAAGAGGGUGUUUUAUGGUAUGGUUGAUAAAGAUUUGGUGGCAAUGAAUGCUUUGGUUGCGGGUUAUCUUCAAUAUGGGAUUGUCAAUGACGCGUUGGUAUUAGUUGAGGAGAUGAAAGUUCAAGGAAUGAAGCCUAAUGUGGUGACAUACAACACUCUGAUCGCGGGGUUUUCACAAGAAGAUGAUCAGGUUAUGGUUUGUAAAGUUAUUGAACUGAUGCAUGAUGAUGGUCUUGAGCUAGAUGUAGUUUCUUGGACUAGUAUUAUUUCUGGGCUUGUGCAGAAUUUUCAUAACAAGGAAGCUUUUGGUAUGUUUAAACGAAUGUUGGAUGUUCGGUUGUGCCCAACUUCAGCUACAAUCAGUAGUAUAUUGCCUGCUUGUGCAACUGUUGCAGACUUGAUGCUUGGUAAGGAGAUACAUGGUUAUUCAGUGGUGACAGGGAUUGAGAAGGAUGUAUAUGUAAAAAGUGCUCUCAUAGAUAUGUAUGCAAAAUGUGGAUUUAUAUCUGAAGCUAAGGAAUUGUUUUCCAAGACAUCUGAAAGAAAUAGUGUGACGUGGAAUUCAAUGAUUUUUGGCUACGCGAAUCAUGGGUAUUGCAGUGAAGCAAUUGAGCUAUUCAAUCAAAUGUUAAGAGAGGAAGAAAGGAAACCAGAUCACUUGACUUUCACAGCAGCUCUCACUGCUUGUAUUCAUGCUGGAAUCGUCCAGUAUGGAGAAAGUUUGUUCAAAAUGAUGCAGGAUAAAUACGCGAUUAAGCCAAGAUCGGAGCAUUUUGCGUGUAUGGUGGAUCUUUUAGGAAGAGCAGGGAAACUUGUUGAGGCCUACAAUUUGAUUCAGAGCAUGCCAAUUGAACCUGAUUUAUUUGCUUGGGGAGCAUUUUUAGGAGCAUGUAGGCAGCAUGGAAAUAUGGAUUUAGCAGAGAUUGCAGCUAAACAACUGGCUAAACUUGAACCUGAGAGUGCUGGAAGUAGUGUGUUGCUAUCAAGUUUAUAUGCUGAUGCAAGUAAGUGGGCAAAAGUUGCAAAGGUGAAAAGGGUGAUCAAGAAGAAGAAGCUGAAAAAGUUUCCUGGCUGUAGUUGGGUAGAAGUUGCAUAAGUUUUUAGACGGUAAGAGGAGCUGAAUGUCAGAUAUAUUUGCCAAUGGACAUGCCUGGUUUAAAUCAAACCAAGUUCCAACAGAAAUCUGAGUCUUAACCAGAUUUCUGUCCUUUCAUAGUUACGUAAAGCUUUGUCAAACAUAUCAACUGAAAAACUUACGCAGGGCAAUAGUUGAAGAGGAAAAGUGAUGCAGAUUGCGUGAUGGUACCAGCCACUAGAGGCAAAGAACUAGCCCAGAAUUGAAAGUUUUUCUCUCAGACGUGGUUAAUAAAUCCUGUUUUCAAACUCUUAGAGGCAUUUAGAAGUAGCCCAAAAAUGAAACACGGUUUUUCUUUCAGAAAUGGUUAGUAACUUCCGAAGCAAACGUGAUCAUUCAAAUUUGUCACAUGCUUGUCUAGACAGGAAGAGCACACAGCUAGGUUGUGUGCUCAGGGUAAAGGCAUGCCCAGAGGAAUCAAAUGGUAUUUCUGCUCCCUAGUGUUAACUGAUGCACCAAAGAAGAAAUAUGUACUGCUCAACAAAGAGGCAAAACAUUUCUUGACUGACCAAGGUUCAGCUUAUAAUGAUCCGUUGGAUCAAGCCCUGCUACAAUGUGUAGGAGAUGAAACAGUUUGUUGAAAAAACUCCAACUAGAUGUAGAAGACAACCCUAUAAAAAUCCCGUGCUCUGGGGGAUCAGUAAGCAGUAUCGCAAGCAAAAGAACUGGUUUAUAUGGUGUGAAAUCAGAAUUUAAAGUUUCUUUCGGAUUAUUGGCUACUAAUUUGAUGCUGCACUGAGCUUCAGAGUCAAAAGCCUUGUAAAUAAAAUGCAUGUACGUGGUCUGGGAUUUAAGAAAUAAGUACCGAGUAGUGAGUAGUACUUUUGUGCUGCUUUCCUCAUUUUCUUCUCCCCCUCCCCACCCCCACCAAUGAGGGUAAACUUUCAAGAUUGGCAUAUAUGUAAAAUCAUGGAUUUCCAUCAGCUGAAUGAGUUUGCAGGG